AUGAAGUUCACUUGGGCGACAACGCUCCUUCUACUCUCUACCAAGGUCGCGUCCCUGACCAUCCCUCAAACCGAGCCAACCGAUCUCAUUGAACGAGAUGUGGACCUACUGGAUCUGGAUUAUACCCAGGACACCUCAGAUAUUGUAACGCUCGAGAAACGGCGUGGCGGUGGUGGAGGAGGCCGAGGUGGCAGUAGCGGUUCAUCCGGCAGUUCAUCCAGCAGCGGAGGAAGCAGUGGAGGUCGCACUGGUUCCUCAGGUUCAUCCGGUUCCUCCGGUUCCUCCGGUUCCUCAGGUUCAUCUGGUUCCUCAGGCUCAAGUGGAAGCACUGGAAGCAGUAGCAGCAGUGGAAGCAGUGGCAGCAGUGGAAGCAGUCGCAGUGGGUCAAGCAGCAAUGUCGGCGGCACAACUAGUGGUGGCUCUGGAACUCGAGCAACCUACGGCGGAGGCAACUAUUAUGCCGGCGGCGCGCGCACUCCUUAUAGGUCUGGCUCUCGGUCCACUGGAGGCAUCGCCCCCUACGUGCUCGGUGGAGCUGCACUGGGAUUCUUCCCGGGUCUUUGGCUGUACAGCGCCUACGCCUACCCCUACAGUAACCACUACAACUACUACAAUGACAAUGACCACAAGAAUGAGUCGCUCCCCAUAGUCUGUGUGUGCCAGGAGUACUCGGAGUGUGGCUGCGACAACAACAAUAAUCGCACCUACUACGAGUCCCUCUUCAACGGCACCGUGCCUAAGAACUCCAGUCUUGUGCGCGUGGUCGAUGUGAACGGAACUCAGACCAUCUACAUCAAUGGCACCUUGGCCAACGGUACCACUGCCGCGGAUGGAAGCUCGACUAGUACUUCCUCGGCAUCCGGGCCAAUCGCGAUGGUUCUGCAUGCUAGCGGGUACUGGGUGACUGUUGCCGUGGUAGUGGCCGCCGUCUGGGGAUUCUAA